GAAAGACAACCGCAUCUGCACCACGACUUCCUUCCCUCGCUGUCGCCCAACUCUUCAUCCACCCUUUACGACAAAUUCACCUCAUAGAAUCGGUCAAGAUGGUUUCCGGCGCCGGUCACAGACUAUAUGUCAAGGGCAAGCACUUGUCAUACCAACGUGGAAAGCGGAACACCAACCCCAACACAUCGCUGCUCAAGAUCGAGGGUGUUGACGACACCAAUGCCAGCAAAUUCUACCUUGGAAAGCGCGUCGCAUACGUGUACCGAGCAUCGAAAGAACGCCAGGGCAGCAAGAUCCGAGUGAUCUGGGGCAAAGUCACACGGCCACACGGCAACUCUGGCAUCGUCCGAGCCAAAUUCGCACACAACCUCCCUCCCAAGAGCUUCGGUGCCAGCGUCCGAAUCUUCUUGUACCCCAGCUCAAUAUGAUUUCGAUCCACUACUAGCACGUGCGAUUUGUGUGUUUUUUAUGGCGGGAAGUCGAAUGGAGUGGUAGAAGGAGAGGAGAUGUAGAGGCGAAAAACAAACGAAGACAGAAAAGAGGUUUCGUGUGCGAUGUGACGGCGCUGAACGAAAACGCCCAUCACCGCGGAAUCUGGAGGGAAUGAUUGUAACUCACCAAAUCAAAUCAAAUCGAUGGGUGGGUUGAGUGGUUUGUGUGGGAUCCUGACAAUCACAACUCAUUCAUGAAAUGGGGAGCCAAGGGGGAGAAUUUAAGACGACGACAGUUGACCGGUGGGUUGAAAUGGGUUACAAUGGACAGAGGUUACAAUGGACAGAUUCGUGACGAUGACACUGGACGACUUUGCAUGAACCUCGAUUUUAGGGUGAUGCUACUGCGUUGGUGGUCAUUGGACAGGCUGUACCAUUGUACCUGUUGAUCACCAGGCACGCUGGGGUUUGCACUUGCAUGGCAUGGACCAAAGACAAAUGUUUUCAGAAAAGCACAUUGUGUAAUCCCAUCUGCAUGAUGUGCCUGACUUGAAUCGAAAAGAAAUUUCAAACUAAAAAAACACCAUGUGUCUUGCUGUUGUACUACCCCGACUCAGUGUCUAGGUCACAGUGACUCGUGCUAAUUAGGC